ACAGACUGGUGUGAAGAGUGAGAGAGGAGUUAGGCAGGGCUGUAUAUUGUCACCAACCCUUUUUAGCCUGUAUACAGAGGAGCUAGCAGCCAGGAUGAGAAGAAUGAAUGUAGGGGUAAGUGUGGGGAAUGAUAAAGUAUGUGUGCUCCUUUAUGCAGAUGACGUAGUUGUUAUGAGUGAAUCGGCAGAUGAGCUUCAAAGUUUGUUGGAUGUAGUGGAUGGCUAUGGUAAAGACUUUGGAGUAAGGUUUAGCAGUGAGAAAAGCAAAGUAAUGAUUGUGAAUAGGUCAGAGGAUGAAAGUAAUGUGGUAUGGAGACUUGGAGAGAAUGAGUUGAGACAGGUGCAAGAAUACAAGUACUUAGGGAUGUGGAUGAGUCCCAGUGGGUGUGCAAAGGCAAAGAAUGAAAAGAUAAGUAUGGUAAACCAGUGGGCAGGUCGACUGGGAAGCGCGGCAAGGAUGAGAGCAAGUAAGUAUGAUGUGUUGAGAGAAGUGUGGAAGAGUGUGGCUGUGCCAUGCAUAAUGUAUGGUAUGGAUGUGAUUGCAUGGAAUGAAAGUGAAAUUGAUAAGUUAGAAGUGGGCCAGAAUAGAGUAGCAAGGAUGGCACUGAGUGCACCGAGGUGCACAGCAGUUGAAGCCUUGAGAGGUGACAUGGGAUGGAGCACUUUCAGAGAAAGACUGACAAAAGCCACACUUAGGUACAAGAUUAGGCUUGAGAGAAUGGAUGAUGCAAGAAUAGCAAGGAAGGUGUACCUGUGGAAUGAAAGUGGAAGCAAAUGGAGGAAGAGAUGCAUGAGAAUGACAGACAGGAAUGGAUUGCAAGUUGUGUGGGCGAUAAGAAUGGCUGGUAGGAAUCAAAAUGAGCGUGAAUGGGUGGUAACAAGAGGAGGCAGAGUGGGAGCCGAAUGGGAUGUGAGAAAAUGGAAGAAUGAGAUAGACAAAGAAGUGAAAUGUGUGGGACUGAAUGAAUGGAAGAAUGAGAUGGAAAGAAAGAAGACCCUGGAAUGGUACAAGGAGAAAGAGGCCCCGAGGUAUGAAAGGUGGUAUGAUGGAAGCCUGGGCGGUGAUCUUCUCUUCCGAGCGAGGGCACAGUGUAUGGAUGUGAAUGCAAGGAGUUACAGGUGGUCUGAGUCCCGCAGCAAAGUGUGCCAGAUGUGUGACAUGGGAGAGGAUGAGACGGUGGAACAUGUGGUGCUGGAGUGUGUGAAGUAUGCCAGAGACAGGAAUGAGAUGAUGCAAGUGAUACUGACUGAGUUAGGGCAUGAUAGGAAUGAAAGAGUGGAGAACACAGGAAAGGAAUGGAUGGUGUUGUUGCUGGGACUGUGUAGAGAGGCGAAUGAAAGGAUGAUUGAGGCGGUGAAAGAGUUUCUGGAGAGAAUGUGGCGUGCCAGGUGUAUGAACAAUUAGGAUAGAGGAUGCUGUUCGUUUCUCUUUUUUUUCCCCUUCUACAGGAGUUUCCGAUCCAAAGGCCUGGCUCAGGAGUGAUCCUGUGCCACCUGUACCAUCAAGAUCAAGAUCGAGAGAGAGAGAAAAAAGAGAGGCCAUGUUUGAGCUAGUUCACUUAUCUGUGGUUCCUCUCCCCGUCUCUCUCUCUAAUUAGAGCGAAAAUGGAGGCGGAGGAGCUCAAGGAUGAAGCCAACGACUAUUUGAAAACCAAGCAAAAACUGAGCCACCCUAUUGAUCAACAGGGGAUCACCAUCAGCCCUCCCAUUGGCCCAGAGCUUCGUGGAUUGUGAUUGGACGGCUGGCUGGCUGACCUGACUUGACCUGACCUCAACUGAGCCAACAUGAUUUACGUUUUCCUCGUUGACACUGGCACCAUGAUGACCUUUGACAUGAACCUGGCACUAGAGAGUGUUGAGGUGGUGAAGGGUGCAAUACACAGUGUUGUCAAGGUGCCCCCAGACAAGCAGGUGCUGCUGGCCUCUGGGGGUGAAACACUGGACUCCUGCAAGUGGGUGUGUCAUUACUCGGCCGGCACAGACUCGUCCCCCAUCUUUCUGUUCUCCAAGGUGGCCAUUGAGGGAGCAGCCCCCCAACCCCCUCUGUGCAGCCUGGCGGGGACGGCGACCUCAGGGCACAGGUGGAGGGGUGCAUCAACAUGCCAGCCACCUACAACAGUGUGGUGGCGCGGACACAGUUAGCGCAGCAGUUUUACGAGCACGCCAGUGAGGUCACCAGAAUGUGCCGCCAGCUUGUUCACAACCAGCAUCUGCAGCAACAAGGCUGGGCAGUAGUGUUGGGCAACUUGGAAGACGUUGUGGCAGCCUUCAGAGCAAGACAUGAUGCAUUCCAGCAAAACUUUGUAAUCUCAGUGGCCGGGAGGAGAAGGUCGCCCUGCUUCACUUUUUUGAAGAGGACCUGAAGCUACUGGCAAGGAUUCCAGUCUUCCCUGAACUCUUGGGGAAGACACAAGAAGAGGAAGAGGAGGAAGCUGGGAAGAAGAGGAGGACAAGCACAGCACAGAAGAAAGAGGAGGAGGAAGAGAAGUAAGAGGAGGAGGAGGAGGAGGAAGAAGAGGAAGAGCAUGAGAAGGAGAAGAGGGCAGGAGGAGAAGGAGAAAAAAGAGAAAUGAGUUAAGUGUCACUGCUGGACUGGAUCAGCGCCAAGGACAGCCAAAGUGAUGUCAGACAUUGCCCAACUCUGCUGCAGAGGACUGGCCCAGCUGUGUGUGUGUGUGUGUGUGUGUGUGUGUGUGUGUGUAUGUGUGUGUGUGUGUGUGUGUGUGUGUGUGCACCAGGGUGUCAGGACACGUUCCCAUCACCUUCACGUCCUGGACACGUGCACAAACUUGUGCCUGGGCAGUCUCACUGCAGCAACUGCCAGUGCUGUGGCUGGGUGGCAGGAGGGAGGGACAAGCUGGCCACCCUCUCUGUCACCACCUGCUGGGGAAAGACCACCAUUAUCAUCAUCAUCUUGGUUUUCCUUUUUUGUUUUCUUUCACAAUUUACAAGGAAUAUUAACAGUUUGUUUUGUUAGUGUUGUCUGUUUGUUAUUAAAUGAUGUGUUGAUUGUGUUGUUGUUGUUGUUGUUUAUGUGUUAGUUGUUGUUGUGUUUUGUAUGUGUGACUGAUGAAUAAAAUAAAGGCAGUCGUGUCACACU